UUUUCAUAAAUGAACAACUCUAACAAGAAUUUGAAGUAGGACUUUCAUAUUAUUACAAAUAUGAAAACGUACUUCCAAAAUAAUAUUGGAUUAAUAAAAUAGCAUUUUGAAGAAGAAACCCAGCUUGAAAUUUCAUCAAACUCAGACUAUAUAUUAUUACCUGAUUUAAAGUCUAUGAUAUUCAAUCUAGCUGAUAAUUAGAGAAAUGAUUUCGAUCUUCUAAGUAGUAAUCAAUCAAUGCUUUUUGCUUCUUCUACAGAUGCCUCAAGUAUUUUAUAUAUUAAUUUUAAGCCAAAAAACUCUCUUUGAUUUCAGAAAGCCUAAGUAAUAAUACAUUUUCCUGGAACCCUACAAUCGAAGAAUUUUGAAUUUAUGCCAAAG